UUGAACACGAAGGUGAAGUGUGACUAAAGAAGCAAGAACAUAGAGAUAUUAUAGAUAGAAUAGGAGAAUCAGACCUAACUAAAAAGAGAAAGAAUUACCCUACCCUGCUCUAUCUAUCAAGGCAUCCUUACAUCAUUUUUGUGUUAAUGUAUUUUAAAGAUGCAUUACUAAAAGCACAGAGACAGAGAGAGAACUUCCUGCUUUCCGAAUUCACUGCAGAGAGCCACGUUUCAAUUUAUACUCCUCCUGGACUUUAUCAAAUUGCAUAAAACGAACAUCGUGAAAUUUUAAAAAUUGUACGAUUUUUCUAUCGAAUAGAAGAACUUCGAUUGCCAAAGAUUAAGUGUCACAAUAACAAUCGAGUACACUCGUGAAUAAUCGAUCUACUCGUACUGUAAAGUGAAGUGAAAUUAAGGAAGAAUCAAGAAUGAAGCUGCUAGCGAUCAUUUUCCUCUGUACAAUAUUAUCAACGUGCCAUGGAUAUCGAAUAUUGGGCGUAUUUGCAUUCAAUGGGAAGAGCCACUUCAUAAUGUUCGAACAUCUGAUGAAGAAUCUCGGCAAAAGGGGUCAUCAGGUGGACGUGAUAAGCCAGUGGCCAUUGAAGAAACCUUUCCCGAAUUACACGGACUUGGUCACGAUAAAGCCGCAAAGCAACUUGACGAACAACAUGUCUUUCGACUUGAUAAGUACGAUAGUGCAACAGCAGGGAAGUUCCAUUGUUUCUGAGUUAGGAAACUCAGCCUGCGAAUAUUUAGGCGAUCCAGGGAUACAGAAGUUUGUACGCAACCCGUCCAAGGAUCCACCCUACGACUUAAUCAUUAUUGAGAUAUUUGGGGCUCACUGUUUCGCGGCGCUCGGCUACCUAUUGAAAGUGCCCAUAGUGGGCGUGAGUUCGUCGGCUCUCUACCCAUGGAGCAAUGACAUAAUCGCCAAUCCCGAGAACCUGGCAUACUUGCCAAACAAUCUCUUCGACUACUCGUCCCGUAUGAACUUCUGGCAAAGAACGUACAAUUUCGUGCACAACCUGUACAACAAAUGGAACUUCAAUCACAUCACGCAGAAGCAAAACGAGAUCAUUAAGAAAUACCUUGGCCCCGGUAUACCGGACAUUAGGGAGCUGGAGAGGAACGUCUCGAUGAUUCUUGCCAAUUCUCACAUAUCCACGAACGGUAUAAGGGCCAUGACGCCCGCGUUAAUCGAAGUCGGAGGAUUGCACAUUCAGGAAGAGGGGGUGGAACUAUCACCUAGCCUUGAAAAUUGGAUGAACGAAAGCACCCAUGGAUUUAUUUACUUCACAUUUGGCUCGAUGGUGAAAAUCGAAUCCUUCCCACAGAAACAUCUUAAUAUAUUCUACAAUGCUUUUGGGAAGAUAGCACCCGUUCGAGUUCUGAUGAAAAUUCCGAAUCCGAAUGAACUGCCGCCUGGCUUGCCGAAAAACGUUCAUACAUUGCCAUGGAUUCCACAGGUCAAAGUUCUGAAGCAUCCAAACAUAAAAGCAUUCAUCACUCAUGGCGGUCUUAUGGGGACUCAGGAAGCAAUUCACUAUGGCGUUCCAAUGAUUGGUAUACCACUGUUUGCUGAUCAAUUUAUCAAUAUCAACAGCUAUGUUCGAAACAAGAUUGCAAUAGGAUUAGACCUUAACACCCUAACCCAGGAGAAAAUGGAUCAUGCUCUGGAUGCUAUUCUAUACGAUCCCAUAUACCGGGAAACGGCGAAGAAGUUAUCUGUCAAGUUCGUAGAUCGACCUUUGAGCGCCAUGGACACUGCAAUUUACUGGAUCGAAUACAUCAUCAAGCACGGUCCAGAUGCACUCAGAUCGCCCGCCAUGGAUCUAACAUGGUAUCAGGUGGCGUUAGUGGAUGUUGCCGUGUUCCUCCUACUUGUUGCGCUUCUGGCAAUUGUCGUUCUGAUAACGGCGCUGCGAUUCAUUUACAAAUUAGUAAACCCAAUUCGACAAGUGUCGCAAAAUAAGAAAGUCUCAUAAACACUUCCAUUUUUCUAUCUUGAUGCACCGAGAUUUCAAUCGAAUUUCUUUGAACGUUUCCUUAGACUCUAACAAAUAAGUCUCAUUAUUCAAAUUUUACUUAACACUUUAUUUACCGGGAGCCUAUUUAUAGGCUUUUUAAUUGCAGUAUUUAGUUAUUGAUGGUUGUCUACUUACAAUGAUUAGUGUUGGGAAAUAGACUUGGCUUUCAAUGUACUCAGUAAUAGUAUGGAGGAAUUAUUGUCAGCCUAGAUUGGCAUAUGCUACUGUAGAAAAUUCUUUUUUGAAUUAAAGUCUGGUUCUAAAUAGCCCGGUAGAUAAAGUGUUAAAACUUCUCAGAUAGCACCAGACGUCCUUAAGACGUCCAUGGGACGUAAAUUUUGUACAUCCCACGGAUGUCCUCUCUGAACUUUCUAGAUUUAGAAAAAAUACUUUUUUUAAACAUAAAAUAAAUAUUUAUUCAAUAUGUAGAAAAGAAUACUUUCUUCCGAAUAUAAAAUACACUAUUUACAAUAUUAUUAUCCCAGAUAGCACCGGAGGUCUCAUAGACGUACAGAGAACGUUCUGGGAAUGUCCAGCACCCGACGUCUCAUGAACGUACAUAAGACGUCCCUGUGCUAUCUGGGUAUACAGUCAUUAUUUAAUAUUCGCAACAGAAUAUAUGUUUGGACAUGUAAAACAAAAUGUUUAUUCAAUAUUAGGAAUACAAUAUUUUUUGUACAUAUGAGAUGUGAUAUGAACUUCUCAAAAAAAAAAGUUCAAGUCACUUAGACCAAUUUCAAAAGAAAGAAUUGUGUUUUAAAAGGUGUCCGAAUAUUAAUGCGAGUCACUAUAUAAGCCUAAAAUAUGAGUCAGUUGAACAAAGGCGUUCAUGGGUAAGUGAUGUGUCACGUCCUGAAUUCCAGAUUUAGAAUAUCUGUCACCCGGUUCGCUCAAAUACUGCUUGCUUUUUGUCCCACGCCUCUCUCAAACAACUUGCAUCUAGACGGGAUCCUGAUCUUUCAUGGGUGAUGGUUGAUUUCUUCUCAUAGUGUUUAAACAAUAACAUCCUGUCCGGAAUGAUUCCUAGAUGUUGAUGUUUGCAGAAGUCUGCAAGUUCUGGGCCCGAAUUUAGUCUUUUUGUAAAAGUGUUAUGUAAAAAUGAAGCUAUUCGACAUAACGACCUAACACUCGGUAAGAGUUUGUUGUCCAUUUUAUGUUUCAGUAGAUGAUAUUUUUGUCCUAUAGCACUGUGUACAGCUUCGACUACCAAACUUAUUUUAGUAAUAAAUCGUGAGGCAUUUGCCUCUGCGGAUGUCAAUUGCUUCCGAUUUUCUUUACAUGCUAGCAUUAAAACAUUACCUACAGUGGACACAAGAAUAUCAUGAACUGCAGUUUUAAUAAUAUAGAGAAACCCAUUACACAGCCUUGUUUCUGCAUAUACUUCACAACAUUUCGAAAUCCACAGUCUACAAUGCAGAAAUCACCUGAUCGUAAAAGUGUCUUUAUUCGCAGAGGCAAUGCCUCACGAUUUAUUACUAAAAUAAGGCUGGUUAAUUAAGAACAUAACUAUACAUUCUUUCAAUUAAUUUUAUUUGACUUUUAAAUAAUAAUCUUUUUUAUAAAAAUAAAUAUUAUGCACAUGUUAAGCAUUAACAAAAAAAUGU